AUGUUGUUCUAAGGUGAAGAUAAUACAUUUCUAAGUUCAAACAUAUGUUAAGUAUGUCAAUAACCAUGUAAGACAUGUACAUCACUAAAUUCAUGUACUUCUUGUAUUGAGGGUUAUUGUAUGGAUUCAAAUAAUACAUGUUAAGUAUGUUCAUCUGAUUGUAAUACAUGUAUGAAUAAUAAUACAAAAUGUACCUCUUGUAAAGUUGGAUAUUACUUAAAGGAUGAUAGAUGUUUUGAAUGUGAUUCUAAUUGUAUAGAAUGUACUUCAUUUAAUGAUUGCAUUAAAUGUAAAUCACCAGCUAUCUCUAAUAUUAAGCACAAUUGUGAAUUAUAAAAACUUGUGCUAAUUCUUAAUGUACUUAAUGUUAUUCUGAAAAUACAUGUGAAACUUGUCCAAUAUCUUAAUUUACAAAUAAUAAUAAUUGCUUAAUUUGUGAUGAUAAUUGUAAAUCAUGUAAAUUCGAUGCUAAAACAUGUACUUCUUGUAGAAAUGGAUCAUAUUUAGAUAUAUCUACUAAUACUUGUAAUGAAUGCAAUUUAUCAUGUAAGACUUGUGAAUAAUCAAGUAGUGAUUGUCUAUAAUGUUCAAAUAAUUAUUACUUAUCAUCUAAUAAUAUUUGUGAGAAGUGUAAUAUAAAUUGUAAAUCUUGUUAAUUAUCAAAAGAUAAUUGUACAAGUUGUUAAUCUGAUUAAUAUCUAUAAAAUGCAGAAUGUUGAUUAUGUUCAAAACAAAUGGAUGGAUGUAAAGGUUGUACUAAUUUCAAAAGUUGUUUAAAUUGUUUUAAAAGUAUAUUAUUAAGGAAUCGAAAAUUCUUGUAUAAAAUGUCCAUCUGAAUGUUAAGUAAGUAAUUCUUCAACUAAUUGUUCUGAAUGUUCAUUUACAUCAUAUCAAUACAAUUCGACUACAAGCAACAAAUGA